AUGUGGUGCUGUAAUAAUGCGAUAUUUGCUCUAGUAAAAGUUGCCACAGAAUAUAGACAGCUAACGUUCACCAGAGUAAACAGAGUAUUAUUUCAUUCUCUGCUGCCCUACUUCUCAGAGCUGUUUGCUCAUCUUUUCUGAUGAUUCCCGAAUGAAGCAUUCACAGCUUUUACGAGAUAUCUGGCGAACGGAAUCGAAAGCUGUUCCUAAUUAAAAAGGAACGCCAAGUAUAUGGUGCGAGUCCUUCUGGGAACUUUAUGAUAAUUGUAUUAUGAAAAUCAUGAGUUGGAAUUUCAAGAAAAAAUCGUUUUCAUUUGUCUCCAGUGCGUUGAAAGAAAUCUUACUUUUAAUUUCACGGUGAAUUAAUGAGUUUCCAGAAAAAAGUGGAUUGGUGAGAUAGAAAUAUCUCGGCAACAAUUUUCUAUAUGACCUAAAUGAAUGACUCCCAGGCGGCGAUUCAUCAUAAUUUCAAACAGCAUCAGAGUAAACAGUUUUGUUGUGUCUGCAAAAUAUUUCAUCCUUUUUUUCCUGGAUCUGCAAAAAAAUAUUGUUGUUUUUUCUGUACGUGUCCUAGCUUCGGAUUUAUGAAUUUUACGGCGACAGAGUAAUUUAUUCAUUGGAGAUAUUUUGCUCGGUUGCCGUUACUUCCGUUUUGGCUGAUCGAAGUUUAAGCAUUCGACCGUUCCCAUUUUGCAUUUCUUUGUCUGCUGUGAACCAUUAAGAAACGAUGCAUCGCAAGAUUAGCUACGACCAAGUGAUAACUCGCUAUCGCAAGCCGUCCUAUACGGGAAGACGGAUACAGAGGAGUCAGAGUACUCCGUAUGCGCCUGCGUUGCUGUCACAUUCGAGAAGAGAGUCUCAAAUUAAUGGACCAUAUGUGCACACUGAUCGGAUCCUCCGGGACAUGGAGGACCGUUUCUACUUCGUCUCUCCGUCCAGCUCGGUGCAGCAAAGCCUGUCCGAAGAGCCGGAGGAGGACGAGGAGUGGGAGGCGGAGGAGCUCGCCCACAUCCCCGAACCGCCGGACGGGGGAUUCGGAUGGGUGAUCGUAGCAGCUUCUUUCCUCUGUAACCUCAUCGUGGAUGGCAUCGCCUACACUUUUGGCAUCUUCUUCACCGAAUUCGUCCGGUACUACGACGUACCGAAAGGGAAAGUGGCAUGGGUUGGAUCCCUCCUCUCUGGGUUCUAUCUCAGUGUCGGCCCCGUGGUGAGUGCUCUGACGAAUCGGUUCGGCUGUCGGGCCGUCACUAUAGGAGGAAGUAUUUUUUCGUGCAUUUCAUUCAUUCUGAGUACGAUGGCACCCUCGAUAGACGUACUGAUGAUAACUUAUGGAGUCAUGGGAGGAAUAGGCUUUGGUCUUGUGUUUCUGCCAGCAGUCGUCAGUGUUGGAUAUUACUUCUCUACGAAACGAGCCUUGGCAACGGGCAUAGCUGUAUGCGGAUCGGGAAUGGGAGCUUUUAUCUUCGCCCCUUUCUGCCAGAAGCUUUUGGAAAUCUACGAAUGGCAAGGCGCCAUGCUCAUCCUCGCUGGCCUCUGUCUGAAUUGUGCGGUGUUCGGAGCACUGAUGAGGCCAUUGGAAUCUUCAAUAGGUCCGAAGCAGAAGCCUUUAUUGCAGCGAAUUGCUGAAGAAAAGGAGCGACACAGAAUGGAUUCCAUGUGCGAAAGCCAGUAUAUGAUAGUACAACACUCGGAUGGAACUAUCGAAAAAAGACCGAAAUUCAUCUUGAAUUUAGAGCCUGGAGUGCAUUCCACUCUGUAUCUUGAUCAAUUUGGAAAAUCUCCAGCGGACACACCAGUCUUCACCUUGUCUCCAAUCCAGGAAGCCAGAAAAUCGCCGGCCAGUUCAAAGGAAGACGAAAUGGACGAAAAAGAGGAGAAAGAAGAAAAAGAUAUCGAAAAGGAAGAGAAAGUGCCAUUAACAGGUCCUUCUCUACCUAAGAAUGCUACGACGGUGUCUCUGCCCAAUGCUGAAUCAGCCACUGCCCAGAUCUGCAAUGCCCCUAACGGAAUAGAUCAGCAGGAAGGGCCCUCUUCUCCCCACCUCAUGAACGGUGGGCUUCCCCAAACGGCCAUUCGAGAAUUGGCCAAACGAAAGGGGCUGCUGCCACCUUUCAAGGGAGCGAUGAAACUCAGCUUGAGCAAUAUCACCGUUAACAACGACAUGCGCAAGAACAAUGCCCCGAUGAAGAUAUCGUCCAGCGGAUUCCUGUGCCCUGGUCAGCAGAACAACAACUUUAAUGCCGACGAGGUAUGGAAACAAAGCAUUCGAGAUGCGAACUCUCAGACCCCUGUUCCGCUGGACGGAAGUAGGAGGUCAUCCUUGAAAAGAGAUCGUAAAGACUAUAGCAGACCACUGUACAGAAAAGAUGUAUUCUACAGUGGUAGCAUCAGAAAUUUACCAGAGUACAAACAAUCGCAGGGCGAUGUCCGCUCUUAUGUUGCGAGUGUCACGUCUAUUCCGAGGGAUAUACCAAUGUCUCAUUCAGUUUUGAAUCGAUUAGAUAACCGAUCAGUUGUAUUUGACAAACCAAGCCGGGAGUUUUGUCCUUGCUUCCACUUGCCUCGUUCGAUGAGUGACACCAUCUACGAAAUGCUGGACUUCUCUCUACUGAAGAAUAAUGUAUUUCUCCUGAUCUGCAUCUCCAACAUUGUAGGAAUGGUUGGUUUCUACGUGCCAUUUGUUUACAUUACGGACAGUAGUAUAAUGAAAGGCGUUUCGGCUGACAAAUCUGCGUUCCUGCUUUCGGUCAUUGGCAUCACAAACACAGCCGGGAGACUGCUGUUCGGCUGGAUCGCCGAUCGACCAGGGAUCUCAGCCUUGAUGGUCAACAAUGUCUCAAUGGUCCUAACGGGCUUAUGUGUUUUCUUUUUGCCAUUCUGUACUGAUUAUACCUCUAUCGUAGUUGACUGCGUCCUUUUUGGAUUAUUUGUUUCUGCUUAUAUUUGUUUGACUUCAAUCAUUUUGGUCGAGUUGUUGGGGUUGGACAAAUUAACAAAUGCAUUCGGCUUGCUCAGUCUCUUCAGAGGAGGUUCCUGCAUUAUAGGACCACCACUAGCUGGCUCCAUCUAUGACAUGACCGGCAGCUAUGACAUACCUUUCUACAUUGCGGGGGUCCUACUUAUCGUGUCUGCCAUGAUCAGCUUUAUGGUGCCUGUGGUAGUCAACAGAGAGAAGGCUCAAGCCAACAACGCCGAGGUGGUGCGAGGAGACGAGAACCCUGACGUCAUGAGCGACGACCAAGAGAGCGUCGUCUAAUUUUUCCUCUCCUUUAUACCAGCAAUCUUAUUUAAAAGACUUCACCAUCUAUCUCUAAUAGUUUUUGGAAGUUAAGCAGAAAGAAGAUCCAAAGAUCUAUCUAUCGGCCUUGUAGUUUAUUUUUUCUUCGUGUAAAUAACUGUUGGUGUUUAAAAAAAACUGACAGUUUUGAUGUGCUUAAAAAAAUAUGCAAAGUACCCACAGAUGCAGCACGUCGAUAUUGCUGAUGUAUUUUGAGUAUGGAUUUCAUAGCAAUUUGAUACAAUUUUGUGGUGGAUGCGUGCAUGAGAUGACUGAGUGACAAAAUGAUGCCAAUUCUUAGUUGUUUCUUUUUGUGUAAAGGAGUUGAUAAAAGAAUAUAUAUAUUAUGAGCUGCGAUACCGCACAGAUUUUUAACAGAGCUUGGGUUUCACAACAAAUAUUUCCAUGCCGAUUCUGUUUUCCCUCUAAAGUGUGAUUGACAAACUGCUUAACGCAUGCGUACUUUGCAGCUAAGAGUCUGUGAUAUGAUUGCACAUUCCCGUACGGGUAUGCCAGAGACUAUUUUGAAAUGGAUCGUCGUUAUUAAAAAAAAAAGACAAUCACUAUUCAAUCGGCUACAAUGUAUGCAAGAAGCUGCAACUGUGAAAGAUAUCUACAGAAAGCAAUACAAUACUCACAGCAAAUUCUUCACGAUAAAAACUAUUAUUAUAUUAAUUUAUGAACUUCUUUUCGUUCCAGUAAUUGCAGUAAUCAUUUAAAUGAUACAGGGAAAACCAAUUUUAUAUUUCUAAAUAAAUAUGUACUUAAUUCCUGAAAGUUUUUAUUUAUUUGUUUCAAAAUGCAUGAUGAAUACUUAUUUUUUUAUAUACAUAUAAAUGUAAUUUUAGGCUUAAACUACUUACAUAUAUAAAGCUCACACUUAAGUAUGUGAUUUCGCAAAAUUUUUAAUGCUCUUAUCUUGGAGUUAGUAAUUAAGUUUUCAAGAAAUCAGGCAUAAAAUGUGAAAUCUGGAAUCCCCUGUAGCAUUUAAAUGAACGUUAAGAAUUCAAAAAUCGCUAAAACUGCGAUAAUAUUCCCGCCUCAUAAAGCAUCAACUUCAUUGCAACAUCAAAUGCUAUUAUGCAAAACAGUUGGUGAGCGGUUUCGCAUUCUGGCGAUGUACGGAUUCUGAAAUUUAUGACUGCUGAUUAUGUCAGCAGACCAAAAUUUUUAUUUAUUUUGUAUUUCGUGACUGAAUUAAAAGUCCAUGACAUCAAAACGCAAAAUUGAUGUCUGUUCAAAGAAAGCAAUUCUUGGAACGGUAUUAAAGAUAAAAGUUUUUUGUUGAGUGGAAAAUCGAGGAAUACUGUUUAUUCGGUUAUGUUGCUUCUAGGUUAUAAUUCUGAUAGAAGUUUUUCGAAAAAUUGUUUUAAUUAGUAGAAAAUUCUUUGUUCCUUAAUGUUUUAGCAGUAUUACAUAAUUUACAAUAGAUAGCAACAACGUUUUUAAAUGUUUUAGGAACUGUCCAUUUUAGCUCACUCGUCAAGUUACUUCAGUAUUGUUACUAUCAAACACAACUUUGAUGUUCUUAUUAGAAUACUUCUUGUGAUACUGUAAUGAAGGGAUCAAACAUUAAUUACACGCUCUUUGACUACUGAUUAUCGGCGAGAAGAAAAA